CGGCAGCAGCAUGGCCUUUCUCUGGCUCCUCUCCUGCUUCGCCCUCGUGGGGGCCGCCUUCGGCUGCGGGGUCCCUGCCAUCGACCCUGUGCUGAGCGGCCUGUCCAGGAUCGUCAAUGGGGAGGACGCUGUCCCCGGCUCCUGGCCCUGGCAGGUGUCCCUGCAGGACAGCACCGGCUUCCACUUCUGCGGGGGCUCCCUCAUCAGCGAGGACUGGGUGGUCACCGCCGCCCACUGCGGAGUCAAAACCUCUGACCUGGUGGUGGCCGGGGAGUUUGACCAGGGCUCAGACGCCGAGAACAUCCAGGUCCUGAAGAUCGCCAAGGUUUUCAAGAACCCCAAGUUCAACAUGCUCACCGUCCGUAACGACAUCACCCUGCUGAAGCUGGCCACGCCCGCGCGCUUCUCCGAGACCGUGUCCCCCGUGUGCCUGCCCAGCGCCAACGAUGACUUCCCUGUCGGGAUGCUGUGCGUCACCACGGGCUGGGGCAAGACCCGGUACAACGCUCCCAAGACCCCCGACAAGCUGCAGCAGGCGACCCUGCCCAUUCUGUCCAACGCCGACUGCAGGAAGUACUGGGGCAACAAGAUCACCAACGUGAUGAUCUGUGCGGGCGCCAGCGGCGUCUCCUCCUGCAUGGGUGACUCUGGUGGCCCCCUGGUCUGCCAGAAGGAUGGAGCCUGGACCCUGGUGGGCAUCGUGUCCUGGGGCAGUGGCACCUGUUCCACAUCAACUCCUGCUGUGUACGCCCGUGUUACUGCACUCAUCCCCUGGGUGCAAAAGAUCCUGGCCGCCAACUGAGCCCAGGGCUCCUGCCAUCCCAACCCUGAGAGUCCCCAAUAAAAGUAUCUGUCUGCACAU